ACAUAAUUUCGAAAGGGGAUUAUAUAUUUAUAUUUAGAUCCACCGCAAAACAUUCUUCAACUCCUUAUCCAUUUCCGAUCUCAAGGUUCGUAAAUUCGCACCUAAUUUCACAAAUUCACACCCAAUAGGAUUUCAAUCAUCAAAUUCCUGUAUAAAUCUAUCACGUUGUUUUAUGGAUUUCAAUCUUGUAAAAAAUAGGAGAAAAUGGAUAAUUUUGAUUGCAGCAUUAGGGUUUACAACUUACGGUGCAAUUAGGGUUUAUAAUUCACCUAUUUUUAUGAAGAAAAGGGAGAGAUUUGUUAAAACGUUAAGCGCGAUAGCGUCGGUUGCAGAACUGUUAGGUGAUUCUGCUGAAACAAUAGGUGUAGUUUCAAAGGAUUUGAGAGAGUUUAUACAGUCUGAUUCUGAUGAAAUCCCCAAUAGUUUGAGACAGUUGUCGAAGAUUGCCAAGUCGGAUGAGUUUUCGGGGUCGGUUGUUAGUGUUACAAGAGCGUUAACGGUCGGGGUUUUGCGAGGUUACCGGGUUGGGGUGAGGAGAGGUGAUGUAAAUCAACUAAAUUUAAACAGUAGUUUUGCGGAUAGAGCGUUGGAUAAACUGUUUUCGCCAGCUGGGUCGGGUUUUGUGUCGGUUGUUGUCGGGAGUUUUACGAAGAAUAUGGUUUUGGCUGUUUGUGCGCGUCGAGAGGUUAACGAUGUAAACGGGUCAGGGAGUCCGGUCGAAAAGUGGGUAGAUGUGAUAGCGGAAGAAAAAUGCAGGAAACUGAUUGGUGAUUGUAUUCAGCAGUUUGUGAGUACGUUGGUGACGGUUUAUCUUGAUAAAACAAUGGAUGUUAACCCGUACGAUCAGAUCUUAUCGGGUUUGACAAACCCUAAACACGAUGAAAAGGUAAAGGAUUUGUUAUCUUCGUUCUGCAAUGGUGCUGUCGAGACGUUUGUGAGAACUUCUCACCAGGUGAUUUCGAACUCGAACGGGAAAGAGUUGAUGAGAUUAAGAACGGGCGAUAGUGAUGGGUUCGUGAGCAAGAUUUCUUCGACUUUAGCGGGUCCAAGUAACCGAAGUCUUGUUCUUGAUUUGACUGGGAGGGUGACGUUUGCGACUGUGAGAUCUUUCUUGGAUUUUUUCUUGGAACAGAUGUCAACGGGUGUGAAACGGAAGGUUGAUGUUGUUCAUGACGAGGCGGUUGACAAGGGGCGUGAGGUUUAUAGGUAUGUGAGUACGAAAUCUUGUUCUGCUAUGACUGUAUGUCUUUCGGUUUGGUUACAUGUGUUAAGUAGUCCAUGGAGUUUUGCAUCGGCAUAAGUUUGUUGCAAUAUUAUUUAGCUUGAAUUCGUUAGAUACAAUACGGUACAGUACAAUACAAUACAAGUGUGUGUAUAUAUUUGUCGAGGCCAUUCAUGAACCCGCAUUGUGGAUGCUAUAUAUGAACUCGUUAUUAGGCGUUCUCUUAA